AUGAUAGCAGAAAAAAAUACCAACAUAACUACAAUUGAGGAGGAUGAAAGAAACAAUCGUCUGAUUACAGCUGGUGGUGUAACUGGCAUCCAUGAUACUCUUGAGCCUGUGAUAGGAUACGCUGAAGAACCUUUGUUACCACUUCAUGAAGCAUGCGUACCAUUGUCCGAUAUUCUAUACAACCUAUCAUUCUACGUGGAAUUAGCACUCAGUGAAACACUGCAGGAGCCAUCGGAUGGAUUAACAGUCGACGAGAGUGCUGCGAUUCGUCUUUAUACUAUUGAAUGGGAAAAACCACAUCGAAGUCUCUAUUCAAUGCUUAAUUAUACUCUUAAAACUGCCUCACGUGAAGAACUUCGACCUUAUUUCAAGUAUAUGAAGUUAUUCUUGACUGCUCUUGUUAAGUUACCCUGUAUUCCACCAUUAACAGUUUGGCGAGGUGUAGCCAAAGACUUAAGUUCUGAGUUUCCACCAGGCACUCUUGUAACAUGGUGGGCAUUUUCUUCGUGUACUCAUGCACUGUCUGUAUUGGAAAAUGAUAUGUAUCUAGGUUCUGAAGGUGAUAGAACUCUUUUCUCAGUCGAAGCAAUCAAUGGUCGAACGGUGCAAGCUCACUCACACUUCGUUACGGAAGAUGAAAUUCUUCUUUUGCCUGGCACUUGCAUGGAAGUUCAAUCACAGUUUAGUCCUGCAGUUGGUCUUCAUAUUAUUCAUUUGAAACAAAUAAAACCAACCGAAACUCUUCUAGAGCCCCCAUUUGAAGGAGCUCUCCUCUAUCCACCUGAGAACAAGAAAACACCUUGGUACAAAAAGAAACGAACCAUACUUGAAAUAACUGUAAUUGUUAUAAUCUGCAUUGCUGGCAUGAUUGUUGGUGCAGUACUUGGUUCGAGACGACCAUCACCACCUUCCUGUACGUUACAUUAG